AUGCCCGCUCCUCUCCACUCUCGUCUUCAUCCUUCCUUUGCCCCUGGGCAGGAAGAAUCGGCCUCGGGAGCCCAUGGUCCGCGAGUCCAUGUGUCCCAUGAAGAUGAGGAUGCGAUUGCCCAUAUCCACCGCACUCUGACUGACAAAAGCCACCCCGGAGCCAGCCAUCAAUAUUCAGAACCUCACUCGUCGUUUGAUAAAUUUUUAGAGGAACAGGUUCAGAAUGGUAAGAAACGUGUCAAUAUUGGAGUGUCCUUCCAAUCCGUCUCCACUUGGGGCGAAGGUAAUGGCCAUGGCGACGUGAAGACGUUGGGAACAGCCUUGUGGCGUACCCUCACACUGCAGGAUAUAUAUGAAUGGACCAUACAGCCAUGGCAAACAAAGAAGAAGCCCCAGGAGGGUCGCCCUUUGAUCAGAGACUUCUCGGGAGUGGUGGAGAGUGGGGAAAUGAUGCUAGUUCUGGGACGCCCAGGAGCUGGCUGCUCAUCGUUCCUUCGAACCAUCGCAGGGCAUCACUCGUCUUUCUUGGGAGUGACAGGCUCCAUUGACUAUUCCGGCCUUAGCCCCGAAGAAAUCCGCAAACACUAUCGCAGUAUGGUGGCAUAUGUGCCCGAGGAUGAUGUUCACUUUCCGACCUUGAAUGUCAGACAGACCUUGGAAUUUGCCUUGCAGAGCAAGACCCCCAAGCGUUUUCAAGGACGAAUCCCGCGCUACUUGGAGAUUUAUGGCCGAGUCUUCGGUAUGACCCAUACGAUGAACACCCUCGUUGGCAACGAGUACAUCCGGGGUGUUUCGGGUGGCGAGCGCAAGCGUAUCUCGAUCAUCGAGUCACUCGCUACCGAUUCGUCGGUGACAUGCUGGGACAACUCCACCCGGGGACUGGAUGCUUCUUCUGCUCUGGAUUAUGCUCGUAGUCUGCGCAUCAUGACAGACACCUGUGGAAAAGCGACACUACUCACGCUAUAUCAAGCUUCCGACGCUAUAUACGAGCUGAUGGACAAGGUACUGCUCAUUGACGAGGGAAGGAUGCUCUUCCAAGGCCCAGCACACGAAGCCAAGCAGUACUUUGAAGACCUGGGAUACGAGUGUGCCCAUAUGCAGACUACCUCGGACUUCCUAACCAGUAUUACGGUUCCGGAGAGACGCAGGUUUCGUCCUGGAUGGGAGAAUCGGGCUCCCAAGGGUCCCAUCGAGCUGGAGGCGGCAUUUCGACAGAGCGUGGCAUUUCAAAAUAUCGAGAGGUCUAUCGAGCGAUAUGAAGAGCAACGAACUGGGAAGUCCUGCGCCACCAGCCAUUGCGAUUCAGAGUGUGAUAGCGUGGAAGAUAUUAAGCGGACCAUGCAGAGUGAUAAGUCUCGCUUUGUGUCAUCCAAGUCACCAUAUACCAUCUCGCUGUUUCGCCAGAUUGUGCUCUGCAGCCAGCGGCAGAUGUGGCAGCUGAAGGGUCACAUGGGACCGUUGUACAUCAAGUUGAUCUCUGCAGUGGUCUAUGGACUGCUGGUAGGAUCCAUGUUUUAUGAUCAACCCCAAACUACUGAAGGGAUGUAUUCGCGAGGAGGUGUUUUGUUUUACUCCUCAAUUCUGCUUGCCUGGUUGCAGAUGUCGGAACUGGAAGAUGCCAUGCAGGGGCGUGAUAUCCUGAGUCGCCAGAAAAAGUUCGCAUUUGUGCGACCCAGUGCAGUCUGUUUGGCUCGAGGUCUACAGGAUAUGGUGGUGAGCGCACUUCUCACCUUUUUGUACCUGAUUGUCCUCUAUUUUCUGUCUGGUCUCCGCUCAGAGGCGGGGCCAUUCUUCAUUGAUUUCCUGUUCAUCUACAUGUGCACCAUCUGCCUGACAUCGCAGUUCCGCGUGUUUGCCGCCUUGUCGAACAACUUCGAGGUCGCAUUACGCUAUUGCGGCGUAUCUGUACUUUUCUGUAUUGUAUUCGGUGGCUACGUCCUGUCUGUCGACAAAAUGAUUAAAGAUGUCCCUUGGGUGGGCUGGCUUGCAUAUACCACCCCGGCUUUGUAUACAUACGAAGCGGUCAUGGCAGCCGAGUUCCACAACGUGAAUUUCACCUGUGCCUCUGGAUCGAUUGUUCCAUCGGGAUCCAAUUAUACCGACGUCGCAUAUCAGACAUGCGCGUAUGCUGGCAGUCGAAUUGGCAGCACGGUGGUGAAUGGCGAUGACUACCUGGCCGCCCAAUUCGGAUUUCAUUACAGCCAUGUGUGGCGGAACUUCGGCAUUCUCUGCCUUUUCACAAUCACGUUUGUGAUCCUCACUUGCUGGCUGAGUGAAGCUUUGGAGUGGGAGCUGGAUAGCGUUGGGCCAAUACAGUACGCAUCUUCUGGUUGGUUCCAACGAAAGAAGAAAGUAAUUCAAAGAUCCGACGAGGAAAAAGCCCCUGUGCCCACGGAUCCAAAGGCUGCUCCAAUUGCAUGCAUGGAAGGACAUCCGGGGCAGACGUUAACCGCCACAGAAUCCACGUUCACCUGGGCUGACCUGGAACUCAACGUCCAAAUCGGUAAAGAAUCUCGCAAAUUAUUGAACAGAGUUUGCGGCUACUGCAAGCCAGGGACUCUGACGGCGCUCGUCGGAGCAUCGGGCGCUGGAAAGUCGACACUAUUAACUGCACUUACACAAAGACAAAGUGCUGGUACUCUGACCGGAUCUCUCUAUGUCGAUGACCAGCCCAUCGAUGGAUCCUUCAACCGACAAAUUGGUUACUGCCAACAGAUGGAUAUCCACGACGAUAGCAGUACUAUUCGUGAGGCUUUUGAAUUCUCGGCUUUGCUUCGUCAGAGCUGCGAGACUCUGAAAGAAGAGAAACUUGCCUACGUCGAAACGGUACUGCAAACACUGGAUCUGGAAGACCUGCAGAGUGCCGUUAUUGGAUCCUUGGACAUCGAGAAGAAGAAGCGUGUCACAAUUGGAGUUGAGCUUUGCGCCCGACCCAGACUACUCUUAUUCUUGGACGAACCGACGAGCGGACUGGACAGUCAGGGUGCAACUAGUAUUGUUGGAUUGCUUCGACGUUUGGCAGACCAGGGACUCGCAGUCCUUUGCACCAUUCACCAGGCCAACCAGCAACAGUUUGAGGAGUUUGAUCGAGUUCUCGCCCUAAGUCCUGGUGGAAGUACGUAUUACUUCGGGCCCGUAGGCGAAUCGGGCCAAGCCAUUUUUGAUUAUUUUAAAAAACACGGAAUCAAUCCUGAAAAUAUCACAAACGCUGCUGAUUUCCUUAUUGAGGUUGCAGUCAGCGGUAUGAAGGCAUCUGGUCUCAGCUGGGCUUCUAUCUGGCGCAAUUCUCCAGAGGCCGAGGACGUUCGAAAGACCAUUUCUGGAAUUCGCCAACAGCACAAUCAUGCAACUUUGACUGCACCCUCCCCACCUACUAUAUACCAACAGACCGUUCUUCUUACCCAGCGGACUUGCCGUCAAUUUUGGAGGACGGCGGAAUACCCAUACUCGCGUCUCUACUCGUCCUUCCUUCAUGCUCUCAUCAACGGCCUCACGUAUCUUCAGAUUGGAGAUAGUGCCACCGACCUGCAAUCCAAGGCUUUCUCUUGCUUCUUGGUUUUGAUGUUGGUGCCCGAGUUCAUCAACGCCAUAUCCAUGCGCUUCAUCAUGAACCGUGAUGUCUGGCUUGCGCGAGAAGGGCCAAGUGGAGUGUAUAGUUGGGUUGCUUUCAGUACAGCCCAGAUCCUGUCCGAGAUCCCCUAUGCCAUUAUCGGUGCGGUAAUCUUCUACGUCUUGUACUACUUUAUGGUCGGAUUGCCCUUGGGCUUCGCAGCAGGAUACAGUUUUCUGAUGUUUUUCCUGUUUUUCCUUUUUGCCACGUCCUGGGGACAGUGGAUUGCUGCCUUAAGCUCUGACUCAAUGGUGGCGGCAACUUUGAUGCCCUUUUUCAUUAUCAUGUGUGAGCUAUUUAACGGAAUAUUGCGUCCGCAUGACCAGAUGCCUGCUUUCUGGAAGUACACGGCGUACUAUACUACACCAUUCACCUACUGGAUUGGAGGAGUUCUCACAGCCGUCCUUGGUGGGACAUCGGUAAUCUGCGACGAGAGCGAGCUUACGUUGUUUGCGAGCCCACCAAAUAUGACCUGUGGCGAGUAUGCCGGAUCCUGGCUCGUUGAGAAAGGCGUUGGAUACCUGUUCGACCCGGAGAGCACUGGUACUUGUGGGUACUGUGAAUACAGCCGUGGCGAUGACUACCUGUCCGGCAUUGGUUUAAAUGACUCGAAGAUGUGGCCGUAUUUCGGCAUUUUCCUGGGUUUCACGAUCGCGAAUUACCUUAUGGUCUACCUUCUUGUAUACGUGCGAUCAGUCAUGAAGCCAUUUUGGAAGUCUGGAUGA